UGUCAUGAAAUUGCCAUUCGUUUCUGCUCUAUAUACCUGGGCAGAUAAAACACAUUUUCCAAAUAUAUCUACCGACGUGAGUGUACAUAUCGCCAUACAAAUUGCUCGAUUAGGACUAGUUCCACCGCAAAUUUUUCAAGCUCAAUAUGUCUCUGUGGUCGCAGCUGAGACCCAUGGAGUGGUGUAGGUCGGUCUACAGGGACUAUCAUUCGUGGUCAUUCGUCAAGUGUUCCCUUGCCUUUUGUGCCGGAGUGCUCCUGGUACGAAGUCUCGACGGAAAAUUGCCGGACAGCAGCUUGGUUCCCGAAAUCUAGUCCUCAAACUGGCCUAGAGUAGGAUCAUAAUGCUCGUCAUCCCACCAAAUUGACGUCGGAGAAAAAAAACAGAUUGAUGUUUCUGAAAUUUUGUAUCAUCAUGGUACUCAACUUGUUGAUUUAAAUCGAAUUAAACAAUAUUGUUUAAA